AUGGGUGGUUCACCUCCUUGCGGGGACUCGGUAAGAGCAGUUAAAGAUUAUAGGCGACAAGCCAUCACCGCCCAAAAGUGGCCUUCGCAAGUCGAAGCAGACCAUCAAAUCUCUUUCUCGGCGGCCGACACUCACGGCAUCAGCAUGCCGCAUAACGACCUGCACCUAAUCGAUAUCGGAAUUGGCAAAUGCCAGGUCACGAAGGUUCUCGUUGACACAUGCAGCUCAGUCGACCUUAUCUUUCAGGACACGCUCGACAAGAUGGGGGUCGACCUACGUGACAUGAAGCCCUCUUCACGCACUCUCACGAGAUUCAAUGGCUCCUCGGAAAAAAUGAUUGGGACAAUUCGUCUCCCAGUUUACGCAGGCGAUGUGACCCGCACUGUUAAGUUCUCUGUUAUCCGGGCUAAGGCGCCCUACAACGCAAUCCUCGGUACGCCUUGGUUACACUCCAUGAAAGCCAUUCCCUCCACCUAUCACCAAUGCGUUAAGUUUCCUGGGAAAGAUGGAACAACGCAGACGAUCCGCGGGGAUCAACGGGCUGCGAGAGAGCUACUUAUCGCCGCGGUCAAGCUACAACAAUCACCUUCUCUCGUCAACGCGGUCACCAAACCAAUACAUAAGAUCCACCCUCAGAAGGAAGAAAUCCUCGAGGUUCCCAUCGAUGAAGCUGACCCAUCGAAGGUCGUGCGCAUUGGCACUUAUCUCUAUGACGAUAUGCAGUCAUUAAUCAUUUCUUUCCUCAAAGAGAAUGCCUCAACCUUUGCAUGGGUAACUACUGAUAUGAAGGGAAUAGGCCCCGCAAUAACAUCUCACGAAUUAAAUGUCGAUCUGACGUUCAAGCCUAUUCGACAGAAGAGGCGGAAGCUCGGACCCGAACGGUCCAAAGCAGUAAAUGAGGAAGUUGACAGGUUGCUCGACGCAGGUUUCAUCGCCGAGGUACGGUACCCAGAGUGGCUAGCAAACUCUGUCGUCGUUAAAAAGAAAAACGGGAAGUGGCGCAUUUGUGUUGACUUCACGGAUUUGAACAAAGCCUGUCCAAAAGACAGAUACAAUCAAAUCAUGAUGUACAUGGACGACCGCGAGAAAACGGCGUUCAUAACGGACAGAGGGACGUUCAUCUCAAGAUCCACAGACAAGUGCCUCCCGUUCUAUGAACUCCUGCGGGGAAAUAAGAGAUUCAUCUGGGGCGAAAAAUGCGAGGAAGCCUUCAAUCAGCUCAAGCAUUACCUCACGACACCUCCAGUUCUGUCGAAGCCCGAGGUCGGGGACACUCUAUCCAUAUACAUUGCCGUCACCUCCUCGGCAGUUAGCAGCGUCCUAAUACGAGAAGACUGUGGUGAACAAAAACCUAUUUUCUACAUCAGCAAGCGAAUGACGGAACCAGACACGAGAUACCCAACCUUAGAAAAGAUGGCCCUCGCCAUCAUCACUUUGCCCCUUAGGACGGUAAUGCAAAAUACCAACCAAUCAGGAAGGCUAACAAAGUGGGCAGUGGAGCUUAGCGAACACGACAUCGUGUACAAGAACCGCACAUCAGCUAAGUCGCAAGUUCUUGCUGAUUUUCUGAUCGAGCUAACGCCGGAGCUAGAACAAGAUCUCGUGCUGCCAUGUCUGAACUGGAUACUGCAUGUAGAUGGUUCAUCUACGAACAAAGGUUCAAAGGCAGGCGUACAACUCCAGUCACCGACAGGUGAACUAAUCCGACAGUCGUUCAGUUUUGAUUUUGCGGCGUCCAACAACGAAGCCAAAUACGAGUCUCUCAUCGCAGGCCUUCAUCUCGCUAAAGCAGUAAAAGCUAAACGGGUCAACGCAUACUGUGACUCCCAACUCGUGGUGAGUUAA